CUUCCUUGGCUUUAAUCUAUGGACUGUAUCCCCUGUGUUAUCUGUCUGCUUACUUGUUAUUCAGUAAUUAAUCAAAGGUUGUGCUCAGACCCUUUGAGCUGAUCUGUGCUAUUAGAGCUGUUUGUGGGUUGGGGAGCAUAUUAAAUGUUCAGGCAACUUUCAACCAUGUACCAGCUUUAACUUUCCAUUCAGCCCUCUUGGAAAUAUCUUCCUUAUCAACCCAGAAUAGGCGGAGAGCUUAUCUAGGCCCUGACUCUCUCAUUUCCAUUUUCUGUAUUAAUUUUUUGUGAGACCAUUAGUCUACUACUCACCUCUACUAAGGCUGCAACUUUAGACUAGCAGUGCUGGCUGCUUUUCCUACCCAUUUCCUACAGUUUUCUUGUAUAAUGGACAGUAUCAUUUGUGUGGGGUGUUUUGGCCUCUCUGGCAAUAAAGCUUCUGGUUGUCAUGGCCAUCCCCACUCUGAUGUACUGUACUGACUGAGCUGUAGGGAAACAGGAACAGCACCAAACAAGAACACCAUGGACACCACUGUUUCUCAUGCAGAGUUCAGCAGAUUUUCAUGAACAAGUUCCUCUCACUUUGUUGUUUAUAAUUACUAGAUUUUCAGAACUGUGAAGUCAUUGUUUCUGAUAAUUUUGUCCAGCUUUAUGGUUGUUUCUUGGAGAGAAGAUUUACGGACUUACUCAUUCUCCCAUCACUGGAAGUCCUAUCUUACCUGGCAGCUUUAAAAAUGGCGUAUUCAUUUGAUUUAAGUUCCACUUAACAAGGAACAAUUCUAUAAAUUCUUUGUACCAUUUUGGCAUGAAUUUGGGGUCUGUGGGAACCAGAACAGUUGUUCACCAUACCAUCCAGUCUGCCCACCUUGCUAUACAAUCUGUCAUCUUCACCCUAUUUAAUGAAAGGAAUUUUAUACUUCAGCAAUAAUUGUAACUUUUUUGUGUACUCCCCUCUUUUGAAUACCACAUAAGUGGCAUCUGAUGCUGUAAUACUGAAUUUAAUGAAAGUUUAUAAAUUGUUUUACAAUUCUCCUUUAUAAAUGAAGAUAUAUAUACACACGCACACAUAUAUAUAGUAUAUUUUGUCUCUUCCAUAAUACAGAAUGUUUAAAUGGUUAACAUUUGUGCUGCAGUAUAGCUUUCUGGCUCAUGAAAAAUGAAAGCUAUCAGCGAUCUGGGCAAUAAGAUUCAUCGCCAAUAGUCACUAGCAACAGCACACAGCAUUUUAAUAUCAGUGAGGUCCACAGCUAGCAGUAAGAGCUGGUGUAAUUGAAAGACGUUUAGGCGCAAUCAUUCUGCUGUUUGUUCCUUGCCAGGUUCAACAUGGGAUUGUCACGCAAAUCAUCAGAAGCAUCUGCUUGCUCCUCUUCAGAAGUUUCUGUGAAAGAGUUUCUAGCCAAAGCCAAAGAAGACUUUUUAAAAAAAUGGGAGAAUCCUGCUCCGAAUAAUGCCGGGCUGGAGGAUUUUGAGAGGAAAAAAACCCUUGGCACAGGUUCAUUUGGAAGAGUCAUGUUGGUGAAACAUAAAGCCACUGAACAGUAUUAUGCAAUGAAGAUCUUAGAUAAGCAGAAGGUUGUUAAGCUGAAGCAAAUAGAGCAUACUUUGAAUGAGAAAAGAAUAUUACAGGCAGUGAAUUUUCCUUUUCUUGUUCGACUGGAGUAUUCUUUUAAGGAUAAUUCUAAUUUAUACAUGGUUAUGGAAUAUGUCCCUGGCGGUGAAAUGUUUUCACAUCUAAGAAGAAUUGGAAGGUUCAGUGAACCCCAUGCACGGUUCUAUGCAGCUCAGAUAGUGCUAACAUUCGAGUACCUCCAUUCACUAGACCUCAUCUACAGAGAUCUAAAACCUGAAAAUCUCUUAAUUGACCACCAAGGUUAUAUCCAGGUCACAGACUUUGGGUUUGCCAAAAGAGUUAAAGGCAGAACCUGGACAUUAUGUGGCACUCCAGAAUAUUUGGCUCCAGAAAUAAUUCUCAGCAAGGGCUACAAUAAGGCAGUGGAUUGGUGGGCAUUAGGAGUAUUAAUCUAUGAGAUGGCAGCUGGCUACCCCCCAUUCUUUGCAGACCAACCCAUUCAGAUCUAUGAAAAGAUUGUUUCUGGAAAAGUCCGAUUCCCAUCGCAUUUCAGCUCAGAUCUCAAGGACCUUCUAAGGAACCUACUGCAGGUGGAUUUGACGAAGCGGUUUGGGAAUCUAAAGAAUGGUGUGAGUGAUAUAAAAACUCACAAGUGGUUUGCCACAACAGAUUGGAUUGCUAUUUACCAGAGGAAGGUCGAAGCUCCGUUCAUACCAAAGUUCAGAGGCUCUGGAGAUACCAGCAACUUUGAUGACUAUGAAGAAGAAGAUAUCCGUGUCUCUAUAACAGAAAAAUGUGGAAAAGAGUUUUGCGAAUUUUAGAGAUGAGCAAGAAGAUGACAUCAGAGCUCGCACUCAGUCUUUGCACUCUGCUAAGAGAUAAGGUAGAGCUGAGACCGUCCUUGUCGAAGCAGUUACCUAGUUCCUUCAUUCCAGCGACUGAGUGAGGUCUUUAUUGCCGUCAUCCGUGUGUGCACUCUGCAUCCACCUAUGUAACAAGGCACUGCUAAGCAAGCAUUGUCUGUGCCGUUAACACAGACCUAGACACUCUCCUGCUUCUCUUUGAUUUGUCUUUCUCCUCUCCUCCUAUGUCCAUUUCUUCCUUUUUCAUUUUCACUAGUUUUUCUGCAAAUAGUGCUUCAUUUUAUUUUGUAGGUCUUGCAGACGGGCAGUGUUAUGCCUCUGUGACAUUGGAAGGGAAGGAUAAGUGUUGCUUUGGUAGUUCUUACCAGUAUUUUUGCUGGUCAGUUGCUUGAGGAUACACUUUCUAAUAAUUAUUUUUACUUGAGUAGCUCAUACUCAGUUUUGCCAAAACUCUUGACAGUUUUUAAAGAUAGAAUGUCUUUUCACCAAGGAUAUUUAUACAAAUAAAACAAACUUUCUUAGAACUCACUAAUACAGACUAGCUGGACCCAGCAAUUUGGAUUCCUGCAGAUCAGAGACUUUAUUUCCCUUUAUCGCCUUUUCUGUCAUCCUCCCUGGAGUAACUCGGUGACCAGCCUGUGCAGGGUGACAGAUGGGUCUCAUUUGCAGGAAAGGCUACUGAUAUGGAUCAUCGUCACCCAGAUUCUCUCAUUUGGUACCAGCAUUUAUGUAGGUUAUCAGAGAAGAAUUCUAAGGAUUUCUAAACCUUAACUUUCCAUAAGGGUUUUAGCCAGUAUUUUAUUAGAAUAUGACUAAUGAAAGUGACAGAUUUUUAAGUUUCUCAAAUAGUCCUCAUAGUAACUUUUUACAAGAAGAGGAAUGAACUAAAAAAAAAGAAGGUGAACACUUUGCUAAGUCAAACAAAUGGCUUGAUUAUUGUAAACAACAUAGAGGCACUUUUGUUUAAAUAGAGAAGUUUUUUGUGUGUUUUGCUUUGCUUUGUCUUGUCAGAGUCAAGAACAAAAGUUGUUGCCAGGUGAUUAUGCUGGUGUACUAUACUUGUCAGCCUGAAAUAGAGGCACUGUUGCAACUUCGGCUUUCAUCCUAUGCCUCAUCAAUGAAGAAAGGGGGCAAAGUUUAUAAAGCUGCCACAAUUGUAUUUUAAUUUUGAGGUGUGGUAAUUUUGGAUAUGUCAGACUUUCUAUCUUCUUUCAGUAAACAGAAUUGUGAUCAUGCAGAUACAAUUUUAGUGUUUGGGUUUAGUUUUUUAUAUAUACUUUUUUGCCGACUGACUUAACAAUAUUGCUGUCAUGUGGAAAUUUCAAGCACUUUUGCACAUUUUGUUCACCGUUUGUUGAGAAAACAUGGCUUAACUCGGUUUUUUAAAUAUUUUUUCUCCGCCUUUACAUUUCCUGUCUAGUUUUAUCUCUGUGCGUCAGUGACCUAUCUUAAAACAACACACCAAAAUAGCUGAAAAUAAACUGUGUUCAUUUUUUUAUGAUCAACUAACAUGCAUAUGAGUUGUGUUUAAUCAAAUGGAUUUUAAUGUAUAUAAGCACUCUAUAUGCUUCAUUACCGGUGCAGGUAGGUCACUGACUACUCCUUUUCAUCCAUACUGCACCCUUGUAAAGCCUUUGAAGACACUGAAAAAACCUGUCUGAGCUGUUCCCUGCAUCAAUCUGUACAUCUUUUGGUUGUCAAGUGUUUAUGCACGGUCAUGUCACUUAGAAGCUGAUACUGAUUUGUCAGUCCACCUAUAUUUAAAAUGUGCAAGAAAAAUAUGAAAUACUUUGCUGUAGCAAGUUUUUAUGUAACAAAAAUAUAUCAUGUUAAUAAAUCUAAAACAUCAUUUGUGUAAAAUAUUUUAAUUAGUUUUUUUGUAUUUCAUUUAGACCCAAGAACAUGCUGAUCAUGUAUUCUGUAUGUAUGCUAUAGAUGCUAUGGUACCUUUGUUGUAUAUUAUUGUAAAAUUAUUACAUAAAAAUUUUAAUAAAUCAUGGGGGUGACAAUUUGAUGAUUACAUUUUUAGUUUUCAGCUAAACUAAAAGGAUUUCUAUGAAUUCUAAAAAAAAAAAAUUUAUGAAAUUACAACCGCCCAGCACAAUUUGCUGUAGAAUCUACCUAGGUAGAUGACCCCUGGGCAUACAUUGGUUUUGAUGGCUAUUUACCCAUUGCGUUUAACUCUCCACACAAAGGGCAUCAGCAAGCCUUCAAAUACAUCAGGGGAGUCUAUUUCUGACCACUGAUGUACACUGAAUUAGAAUAUCUUCGAAUUAUAUAAAAGUCCCAGUUUCAGCCACAGUUUAGCCAAAAAUAAGGUAAAAACUUGAAAAAGAAGUGGAAUGAAUCAGUAUUUAAUCUCAGAUUACAUUUUUUCAAACAAAAGAAAUCACAUUUUCACUUAGUAAAUAAUGAGACAGCAUGUAGAGGAAGGAGCCCUAGGCUGAAAGUCAAGGCAGCUGAAUGUCAGGCCUCUGUCACUAUCAGCAUGACCUUGGCCUCAGUACUCUUACCUGUUAAAUUGAAAGUUCCAUUAGCCAGUUUCUAAGGUCCCUUCUAACUUUAACAAGUUGUGAUGAGAUCUUUUUAUUUGACGUUCUGAAGGGAUAACAUGCUUUGAAGUAAGUCUCAGUAAGGGGAUACCUUAGAACGUCUUUCUUCUCCUUACUCUUACAGUGUUCUUACAGUUCUCUGAACAUCAUGAGAACCUUGUGUUUGUUCUGAUUCCUUCCUCUUUCACUGAUGCGAAAUAUCCAAUUGAUAUCAAACUGUCAACCUACCAAAAAAGAUAUUGUGGCUUGUGGGCAUUGCUGUCUUGUUUUGAUAUGUUCUUGUAGUGACUGCCCAUUGGCCUGAAAAUACUCAUUGUAAGCCUAAAAAAAAAAAUCAUUUUUCUCUUUCCUACUGUUUCUUCUGCUUGUUGAAGAAUCAAAUGAAAUACUGUAUGUGAAAGCACCUUGUAAAUUGUAGCCUAUCAAUGUAAAGUGUUAAGGUGUUGUUAUUUCAUUAAUUACUCCUUUGUUUAGAAUGGAAUUUCCUAUGCGCCUCUGUAGCUAGGAAAUGCUGAAAACAACUGUGUUUUUUAAUUAAUCAGUAACUGCAAAAUUAAAGUAUCUUCAAAGGAUAAAAGAA